AUGUCCUCCGCUUCGUCGCGUCCGUCGCGGCGCGCCGCCACGAGGAAGACGGUCGUCGACUCCUCGGAUGAUGAGAUGAACACGACAAUGACCAAGCACGCCGCCGACGACGAAGAAGAGUUCGCUCCCCCGACCAGCAGCCCCCGCCGGCAGACGCGCUCGAGGAGAUCGAUUGCGCCCGCGGCCACCGCGUCCUCCUCCACAAGCACGGCGGCGCCUCGCACUCGCGGGCGUCCGAAGAAGAGCCUUGCCCCGACGGAAGCCUCCACGAUCUUGGAUCCCGACACGACCGUCAUGUCGACGGCCACCGUGCUCGAGGAGCCCGUGAAGAAGCCCAUCGCUAUCAGGAAGCGCAAGAGCGUGAUCAAGCCAGAAGUCACGCCUGACGAGCAGGUGUCCUCGUCGAUGCCCACGCCGGAGCCUAGCAUGUCCCCUGAGCCGUCUAUUCUGCAGAAUGCUCCGCUAGCCGACAUUACCGUCACGGCCGUCAACGAGCGCCCCAGUACCGCUGACGACAACACGAUCAAGCCUAUCCGGCCCAUGGAUACCCCGCUCAUGCGCCCGAUGGAUAUCGUCCUCAAAUCACGCACCAUGGCGAUUCCCAUGGUCGAGGAUACGGGGCCGAAGCCACGCAUCGUCAUUACCAAUCUCAUUCUCAACAACUUCAAGAGUUAUGCCGGCCGACAAGAAGUUGGACCGUUCCACGCAUCUUUCUCCUCCGUCGUCGGACCCAACGGUUCCGGCAAGUCCAAUGUUAUCGACUCGCUUCUCUUCGUUUUUGGUUUCCGAGCCAGCAAGAUGAGGCAGGGCAAGAUCUCCGCGCUCAUCCAUAAUUCGGCUCAGUAUCCCGAUCUGGAUCAUUGCGAGGUCGCCGUGCAUUUCCAAGAGGUUUUGGAUCAGCCUGGUGGUGGACACACUGUUAUCCCUGACUCAGAGCUCAUUAUCUCGAGACGAGCGUUCAAGAAUAACUCGAGCAAAUACUACAUCAACAACAAAACUUCCGAUUAUACGACUGUCACAACACUCCUGCGAGAACGGGGUAUUGAUCUUGACCACAAGCGAUUUCUCAUUCUUCAGGGUGAGGUCGAGUCAAUUGCUCAGAUGAAGGCCAAGGCUGGCAACGAGCACGAGGACGGCCUGCUCGAGUAUCUCGAGGAUAUCAUCGGCACCUCGAAAUACAAGACGCCCAUCGAGGAGGCGGCGGCUGAGGUCGAGGCUCUCAACGAACGAUGUCUCGAGAAGAGUGGCCGUGUUCAGCACGUGGAAAAGGAAAAGAACAGCCUCGAGGACAAGAAGAACAAGGCUAUUGCCUACAUUCGCGACGAGAACGAACUCGCGUUGAAGAACGCUGCACUGUACCAAAUCUAUAUGAGUGAGUUCGAGGACAACAUCGCUGUCACCCAAGAGGCCAUCCAACAGAUCCAGUCGCGGCUUGAUGCCGAAUUGGAAAAGCAUCACGGAGGCGAGGAGGUGAUCAAGAAGCUCGAAAAGAUCUACGCCAAGGGCAGCAAGGAGUUCCAGAACCAGGAGAAGGAAACCCAGGCUCUCGUCAAGGAAAUGACCAAGUUCGAUCAGGAACGUGUCAAGUUUGACGAAAAGCGCAAGUUCCUCAACGACAAACGCAAGAAGCUCGAAAAGGCCAUUACCAACGCCGAAACGUCGGCGGCCGAGGCAGAGCAGACGAUCCAGGAAUGCGGCGAGGAGAUUGAGACUCGUUCGGCUGAGAUCGCUACCCUCGAGGAGCAGGUCAAGGUCGAGGAGGAGGAGCUCGCCAGCAUCAGGGAGAGCCUCAAGGGCAAGACGCAGGCCUUUUCCGAUAAGAUCGCCGCCAAGCAAAAGGCGCUUGAGCCCUGGAACGAAAAGAUCAACCAGAAGCAAUCGUCCAUUGCCGUCGCCGAGAGUGAGCUCAGCAUUCUCCGCGAGAAGGCCAAUGCCGGCGCGGUCGCUCAGGCCGAAAUCGAGGCCAAGGUUGCCUCCAUCGAACAGAACAAGGCGGCCAAGCUCCAGGAGCUCGAGGAGUGCAAGAUUGAGAAGGCCAAGCUGGAGAAGGAGGCGCAAAGCGUGGAGACCGAGUUCAAGGAGCUAGCUUCUCAGGAGCCUAGGAUCCGCACCAAGGUCUCCAACGUCCGCCAGAAGGCCGAGGAGGCCCGCUCCAGUCUCGCUAAGAGCCAGACCCAGGGCAAUGUCCUCACCGCCCUCAUGCGCAUGAAGGAGUCGGGCCGUAUUGACGGCUUCCAUGGUCGUCUUGGCAAUCUCGGCACCAUUGAUGCCAAGUAUGACGUUGCCAUUUCCACCGCAUGCAGCGCCCUCGACAACUUCGUCACGGAUACUGUCGAAGCCGGCCAGCAGUGCAUCGAGUACCUGCGUAAGACAAACCUUGGCCGCGCCAACUUUAUCUGCUUGGACAAGCUCCGUGCCCGCGACAUGUCCCCCAUCCAGACUCCCGAGAACGCGCCCCGUCUCUUCGACCUGAUUAGGACGAAGGAAGACAGGUUCGGUCCCGCUUUUUACCAUGCCCUGCAGGACACUCUCGUUGCCGAGGAUCUCGCCCAGGCCAACAGAAUUGCCUAUGGCGCGAAGAGGUGGCGGGUCGUCACGCUUGCCGGUGAGCUCAUUGACAAGUCUGGUACCAUGACUGGUGGUGGCACCACUGUCAAGAAGGGCCUCAUGUCCUCCAAGCUCGUGCAAGAAACUAGCAAAGAGCAGGUAGCCAAGUACGAGGCUGACCGUGAGGCCAUCGAGACCAAGUUCCAAGAAUUCCAAGACUACCAAAAGGAGCUAGAGACAAGGUUGCGCAGCCUACGUGAUGAGAUCCCCAUUCUUGACACCCGGAUGCAGAAGAUUGGCCUGGAGAUUGACAGCGCCACCAAGAACCUUGCCGACGCUCACCGUCGCAUCAAGGAGCUGAGCAAGGAGCACCAGCCCUCGCAGGCUGAUGACAAGCGUGCCGCUGAUCUGGAGAAGGAGAUUGCCAAGCUCAACAAGGAGGUAGACAAGCUCCAUGCCGAGACCUCGAGCGUCGAAGCGGAGAUCAAGCUUCUCCAGGACAAAAUCAUGCAAGUCGGUGGUGAGAAGCUUAGGGCCCAGCGUGCCAAGGUUGAUGCUCUCAAGGAAGAAAUCUCCUCCAACAACGAGGAGACGUCAAACGCCGAGGUGCGCAAGGUCAAGGCCGAGAAGGCCCGCGUCAAGCUUGACAAGGAUCACGCCAAGGCUAGCAAGGAGCUCGCCGCCGCCGAGCGGGACCUGGAGAAGCUCGAAAGCGAGGUUGAGAACCAGGGCCAGAUUUCGGACGAGCUCAAGGCUCGUGUCGAGGCGGCCGAGGCGGAGCUGGCGGAUAAGAAGAAGGAGCUCGCCGAAGUCAAGGCUGAGCUUGAUGAGAAGACGAGCGAACUCAAUGAGACGCGUGCUGCCGAGAUUGAAAUGAAGAACACUCUCGAGGAAAAUCAAAAGGUGCUCGUCGACAACAACAACCGCCUUAGGUACUGGAUCGACAAGCUCAGCAAGCUCAAGCUUCAAGAUAUUGACUAUCUCACGGGCCAAUCAGCCUCUGGCUCUCAGCAACCGGCUGCAGCCACCGUCAAGACGGAGGAAGGAGAAGAGGCACAACAAGCGCCAGAGGAGAACUCUGACGACAGCUCCGAAACCUCUCAGACCGAAGAGGACACAUCCUCGUCCGAGGAAGAGGGCCCCACGACUCUUCACAACAAGAACGGCACGCUAGAGCUUCCUCGGUAUACCAAGGACGAGCUCGCGGACAUGUCCAAGGAUAGGCUCAAGGGCGAGAUUGCCGCGCUCGAGGAGAAGACGCAAAACGCCGUCGACCUGUCGGUGCUCGCGGAAUACCGCCGCCGCGUUGAGGAGCACGCCAACCGUGCGUCCGACCUCGCGACAGAGGUGGCUGCUCGAGACUCGGCCAAGAAGCGGUGCGACGAGCUCCGGCGCCUCCGUCUCGAGGGCUUCAUGGAGGGCUUCAGCAUCAUUUCCCUGCGCCUCAAGGAAAUGUACCAGAUGAUCACCAUGGGCGGUAACGCUGAGCUGGAGCUCGUGGACUCGCUCGACCCGUUCAGCGAGGGCAUCCUCUUUAGCAAGACGCUGAGCAGUUUGGCCUUGGUGUUUGCUCUUCAUCACUACAAGCCUACGCCGCUCUACGUCAUGGACGAGAUUGACGCCGCGUUGGAUUUCCGGAACGUAUCCAUCGUCGCCAACUACAUCAAGGAGCGGACCAAGAAUGCUCAGUUCAUCGUCAUUUCUCUCCGCAACAACAUGUUUGAGCUCGCCUCGCGCCUAGUUGGUGUGUACAAGGUCAACCACAUGACCAAGAGCGUCACCAUCGAGAACAAGGACUACGUCCACGGCAGACCCGCGGCGCCGCCGGUAGCCCCGCAACAUCACAACCGAGAUUACACCACGAUGUUGGUAGGGCCGAGGCUAGGGGGCAUGUAA